CAUGUCGUUGUUGUUUUCAGGAAUUAAAUACUAUCUAUUACUAUCUUCAUGGAAUGGAUAUAUUAUCUCAUCUCAGGGAGCAUCAGUUAAGAAUUAUGACUUCCAGUGCACGGUACAAAAGAUAUGAUGGAAAUCAAGUUUUAUUUUGCUCUGAUACUAUUGCAAGAUGCUGGUAUAUUCUUCUUUCUGGAUCUGUGCUUAUGAAGGAUUCUAUGUUUUUGCCACCCUGCAGCUUUGGCAAGCAAUCUGGAGGAAAACGAGGUUGUGAAUGCAUUGUGUUGGAACCUUCAGAAAUGAUCGUGGUAGAUAAUUCAAAAGAGAACGAAGACAAUAUCUUGCAAAGAGAAGUGCCUCUUCGACAAUCUCGCCGGAGGUUUCGGAAGAUUAAUCAGAGGGGAGAACGUCAGACCAUUACAGAUAAUGUGGAUGUUAGUAGCUACCUUUCAGUGAGUGCAUUUCUUAUACCCUUAAUUAUUUACCCACCUGUAUUCAUCGCUCUCUGUGUUUGAUUUCCUCUUGGUACAAAUGAAG